CAGGAUGUGACACGAAAACCAUUUUUUAGGAUCCCGAAAACAUGGAGUGAAGAAAUACAUACAUUGCAUGUAUUCUUUCGGAUCCGUUCAUAUAUUCUCGUCUGUGUUCUAACAAUAAGACAAAAGGUAUAAAUACAUAUAUGAAUACUCUGUAUUAAAAUAUUCUGUUUUAAGAAUUUUCAGUAAUUUUAUAUAAGACAUUUAUGCUUUGAGUCGUGAACAUAUGUUAUUAAAGAUUAACACGUAAAGCUAGAAAUGAACCAUUAAUUAAAGAUAGAAUAAACCUGGGAUGAAAUGGGACCAAUAAAUGAAUAUGUAGAUACAGUGCCAUCUGUAGCACGGAUAAAUACAUCACGAGUUAAGGCACGCAACAUCUGACGUUCCUGUCAAAAAGUAUUUGUAUAUAGUGGUCGACACAGGUAGAAGGGACAGUAUCUUAUGAAAAGUUCAUCUUGAAAAUGUCUGUGAGAAGAUAACACUAGACAAAAUGAACAAAAAUAUGAAUUCACCGUCGAAACUUACGGAGUUCGCUCCGUUAAGUCCUGAAGAAAGCCAACCUGUUGUAGCUUCCCUAUUUUCCAAAUUUUUUAACUUCACUAAAAGUUCACAGAAUGUUGAUGAUUCUACAAUCUCUCCUAUUACUAAUGAGGAACAGAGCUCAUCUGAUUCUGAAUCUUGGAAACAGUCAGAAAGUACUGAAAAAUCACCUGAAGAUGACGGUUCUAGUAUGAUGAAUUUUCCAUUAGAUACUCGCGAAGGCAGAAGUUUACCAAAUGUGCUAAAACGUAUUAGCAACAUUGUUGCUUUGAAAAGUAACAAUUUACGUUCGUACAAGGAUUCUCAAUUAAGAAGCUAUUGGAUGCCAGAUAGCGUGAGCAAACAGUGUUAUGAAUGUGGUGAACGAUUUACAACAUUUCGCAGGAGACAUCAUUGCCGUGUUUGCGGUCAAAUAUUUUGUUCGAAAUGUUGCUCUGAUCAAAUUCCUGGAAAAAUUAUGGGAUGCACUGGUGAUCUUAGAGUUUGUACUUAUUGUUGCAAAGUAGUCCUAUCUUACUUACAAUCGUCAGACAUGAGAAGUGAUCUAUCCGCGGAUUUAAAAGCUUUGCAAGAAGAUCUUCAGGUUAAGUAUGGAAAUGAUUCGCCACCUGCAACUCAAAAGUGUUUACAUAAAUCAACAGAAGAUGAAACUUCAAUCUGCAGAAAACCAAGUGUAGGAUACAUGGAAGAAAAAUAUGCUAUUGGAAGACCAACAACUUAUUUAACGUCACAGGAACGUUCUAUUGUCUUACAAAAUUCAGCUUCUUUGAGAAUGAUCUAUGAAGAAUUAUUUAGAUCCAGCCAAGCAAUUGUUUUACAAACACACAGAGUUAGACUAAAAAGUUACCACAAUUGUUUUCUGGCUAAUGAGUUAGUAAACUGGAUGAUAGCACAAAAUAAGGCAGCUACUCGAGUGCAAGCUACUGCCAUAGGAGAAGCAUUGCUGGAAGCUGGUUUCAUAGAACCAGUCAUUGCUGACAAUGUAUUUAGUGAUACAGCAACGAUAUUUAAGCCAGUGAAAUUAUUGAAUAUGCAAAGCAUAGAUUUGUUAACUGAAACUCAAAACACUUGUGAUGCUCAAGAACCGGCAUGGGUGAAAACUAUUCCACAACAUGAUUCGACAACUGAUUCAGAAAGUGAAACGAAACCUUCAAAUUCAACACAACAAACGACUGGACGUUUGCCAUCUUCUAGUUCAAGUUUUUACUUAGAUUUAAACUUAGAAGCAUCUACUGUUACGUUAAAGAGACCCACAUCAGAAGACUUAACUACAAUUUCUGUAGAUAGUAGCGACGGCGUAAUUGAACAGAAAGAAGUCACAGUGAAAUCGCAUAAAUGUAAUUUUAAAAUUGCUGAUGAUCUUUUGAACGAUACGCUACAAGUUCAGGAAUUUAAAGAAAAAAUUGGUUGGCACAAACCAACAAAUCUUCGAACCAUGUUUGGAGAACUACAUGCAUAUGAAUGUCUAAUAUCUGCAUACAAACAACACGAAGAUUCACUGAUUAAGCAGCUUCUUAAUAAAGAAGGUUUGUCACAAAGUUGGUCGGAAGUAAUACUACCUAUUGCCCACCAAAUUAUUGAUUUUGUUAGGCCAGAUUUAAAUCAUAAUGUCGACGACUUGGAUAUUCGACAAUAUGUACAAAUAAAAAAGUGUCCGGGCGGAAGUAGAGACGAUUGUGAAAUCGUGUCUGGUGUAGUUUGUACGAAAAACGUUGCACAUAGAGGAAUGAAUGCAAUGAUAGCUCAUCCAAAAAUUUUAUUGCUUCAGUGUGGAUUGAUGUAUCAACGUGUAGAAGGAAAAUUAUUAAGUUUAGAACCUGUGAUGUUACAGGAAAAUGAAUAUCUAGGUCAUACAGUUGCUAGAAUCACCGCACUUGGACCAGAUGUUGUAUUAGUGCAUCGUUCUGUUUCCAGAUUAGCACAAGACAGACUCAGAGAAUGCGGAGUAACUCUUGUUUUGAAUGUGAAACUUAGUGUUCUUGAAAGGAUUGCACGAUGCACAGGUGCUAACAUCGUGAAUACUAUUGAUGCACACAUAAGUGCAAGGUACAUGCUUGGUACAUGUAAAAAAUUCUAUCUGCGAAACUUUUUAAGUGAAAAAAAUGGUAUUAAAACAUUAAUGUACUUCGAGGGAUGUGCAAAUCCACAUUUAGGGGCUACGAUUUUGUUACGCGGUGGUUCGCAAACAGAAUUGAAAAAAGUGAAGAAUGUAACUUCAACGAUGAUCUUUGCCGCUUAUUCUUGGCGUCUCGAAAAGUCCUUUCUUAUGGAUGAAUUCGCAAGACCACCAUCUUCUAAAGAUAAUCCAUUUUUGGAUGAUACGUACAAAGAUUUCAAAGACUUUCCAGAAACGAAUAAAAUGUUACACAAUAAAGCUAGUGAAGGAAAUGAUUUGUUAUUAAGUCGCAGCAAAGAAUAUGCAGAUAGUCCAGAAAUUUUAAAAAUAUCAGAAGUUCAGGAAGAUUCUGGAAGUGUAUCAAGCGAUAAACAACGGCUAGAAAUAGAACUUUCAGUGAAUGGAAACACAUCAAUGCAAGACAUAGUUUCAUAUCAGACUGAGAAUAUGUUAUCUUCAGGCUCUGUCAAGCAAAUAUCUUCUAUACUAUCUGAAGACAGUGAUCCUUAUGAUACUUUAAAAUUAUUUAAACCUAAAACAAAGUCCUCUGUAAUUGAUGAAAAGGCUGGCAAUUGUCUAACAAGCAAGAUAAACGGUGAUAAUUUAAAUAAUAGUUCCAAUUUCGACAUGGAUGGCAAAGAAGAUCCAAAUAGUACAAUGGAAUUAUUUGGUGGCAAAACCACGAUAAAGUCGAAUAAGAAUGUUAAAGAAGAGAAUGUUGAAAAAUCAAAAGUAAAAGAAAAAAUCGUCUCAGAAGAGAAACGUAUCUAUGGUGAAUCCAUUAGCGAUCGUAGUGAUCCCCUCCAUCAGUAUUUAAACGAAGACGAGGAAAAUGUCUUUAAUCAAACUAGUCCAAAUGGUCAACACUUAAGCGUUGCCGAUUUACCGUUACUGAAUAAAUUUAAGAAAGCAUUAGAGGGCACCAUAUUAAGCGUGUCGCCUUAUUUAAAAUUUUCUAUACCUUACUUGGAGACUGAAACAGGAAGAAAUUGCAUACUACGAAGUUUCUUCCCAAGAGAGAUUUUUUACUCCGCGCAAUUCGAGGACAAAGUGAAAGAGAUCAAAACGGUCAACGUAUUUGCGGAACAGUCUGCAACUGAGAGCUCGCUAAUGAAGUUGAAAUUGAAACCGCAGCAUCCGUUUGUUCAAGCGAGAUUAACAACAGACGUAGACAGCCGAGAGGUGCAGGCCUUAUUAGCUAAUUUUAGAGCGUGUGGUAGCCGACUAUAUCCAACGAAUAACGUCUUAUCAGACAAACAAAUUCUGGUACAGUCAGAAAUAAGCGAACAACUUCCCGCGUGGCCUGAUUGUUUGGAUCCCGCUAGUCACCAACGUUUGUCUGUGUUAUUCUGUAGCUUCUCACACACUGGCAAUAAUGAUACGCCAGCGUUUUGCGUAAACCCUUGGGUAGUUAACAUGGAUUUAUAUGGAAGAAACGACAUCGCGCUCGGACGUUUCCUGGAGCGUUAUUGCUUGACAUACGAAUACAAAUGCCCUGCCCAGGCAUGCCGGGCACAAAUCGCUCACCAUGUCCGACGGUUUGUGCACGACGGUGGAUGCAUACACAUUACUCUGAACGAAAUGAACACCGACCCGUUCUCUCAAGACAGUGCGAAUCAAAUCUUAAUGUGGAGCAAGUGUAUGAAAUGCAAAGGUGUAUCGCCGGUAGUCCCAAUGUCGGAUGAUACUUGGUCCUUGUCGUUCGCAAAGUAUCUGGAGCUACGGUUUCACGGUAGUGCAUAUACUAGACGGGGCACAGACACCUGUCAACACUCGCUUCAUCAUGAUCACUGUCAGUAUUUCAUCAAGAAGAACAUGUUGGCCGUGUUCAAGUACACGAAAAUAUCGCAGUGGGAGAUCUCGCUACCGCCGCCGGUAAUAAAUAUCAUGUACGAUCCGAAACAGCACGCGGACGUGAUAGAAGAAAUGAAAGGCAUAGCGUUGAAGGGGGACGAAGUUUUCUCCUGCAUACGAGAAAAAUUGACGACCUUGCAGACGGAUCUGGAUAUUUUGAACGCCGCUAAACAACAGUUGGGCAAGGAUCAACAGUACUUCAAGAACAAGAUCGAAGAGAUUCAAUUGAAACUGACAUCGCCCACGUUGGAAAACAAGAAGCUCGAAGGGAAAGUGUCUGAGAAACAGGUGCAAGCUCUGAUGUUCAGGAUCGAGGAUGGGAUAGUGAUUCUCAAACGAUUGAUGUCGGAGGUCGUGUUUACCUGGAACGCGAAGAUUUUGGAGGUGUCUGUUAAGAAGAAAGACGAAAGGCCAAGACGGUUCACUGAACGAUCGUUGACAACUGGAAGUAACAGCAUAAUCGAUACUGACGGGUACAUAACAGAGGAUACCGCAUCAGAAUCGCAGUUAGAAGAUCUAAGCCCCAUGUCGGCAGACUAUAAUGCUGUCGACGCCAUUACUGCUGUACAGAAUGAUUUACAAGGAAUGGAAGGGCUAGAAAAUUCGGACAAUGAAGUCUUGGAAAAUAAUAACCCUGAAGAUAUCGUUGUCAUUCAAGGAUCCCCAAAAAUGCAUCAAAGAUCACAUUCAGACGUUCUGCCUGUUACUUUCGACGAUAUUCCAGAUAAAAAGAAGAAGAAGAAGACCAUCUUGUCGCAAUUGUUACCAUCCGUUCCUGUCAUUCAACCAAUACCAAAUCCUUUAGGAACUCUGGAACAUCACCUACUUCCUCUUGGAUCAGUUGUACCUAUAGUAGUAUAUGAAUCAGAGCCUUCGUCUAUAAUCGCAUACGCACUGGAUUCACACGACUAUAAACAUACACUUCACGAACUAAUGCGUACGACGAAAGGGCCCGAUUUAAAUCCCAGCCCGUUGAAUAAACGUAAAUUCCUCGAGAAUAAAGAGAACGUUCCUGACAUAACCCAAUCUGGGGAAUUUAAGCGGCCGUCUGUUUUGUCAUUCUUCCGGGGGAACAGCCCGAAUUCUGCAAGUCCUUUAGACUCGGACAAAACUAUUUCAAGUGUGGAUUCUAGCACACAGAAUCCAUCGGUGACCGCAGAUACGGACGAGGAUAACAAAACGAAAAAACAACAGAAUUACAUCGAAGUACAAUUCAACGACGCAACGACGAAUUUCUAUUGCAGGAUAUAUUUUGCUGCACAGUUUGCCGCUUUCAGAGAAAACGUUUUACCGUGCGGGGAAGACGGCUUCACGAGAAGUUUAAGUCGUAGCGUACAAUGGGCCGCGAGAGGUGGAAAAAGCGGAAGCACCUUCUGCAAAAGUCGAGAUGACAGGUUCAUUAUAAAAGAGAUGUCUCGAUUAGAAAUGCAGAUAUUCCUCGACUUUGCACCAAAUUACUUUUCCUACAUGGAAAAGUGCCAACAGACGAGGCAACCGACAUUGCUAGGGAAGAUAGUCGGCGUUUAUAGAGUAUCUUUUAAAAAUAAUACAACAAACGCGGCACUUCGAACCAGCGUGCUAGUGAUGGAAAAUUUAUUUUACAAAAGAACGAUAACGGAUAAAUUCGACUUGAAGGGAUCGGUAAGAAAUCGGCUCGUGAAUCCUGACGAUAUGUGCCAGGAAGGAGAACUCGUAUUGCUUGACGAAAAUUUAUUAAACAUGAGUUGCGAUUCGCCGCUCUAUAUCAGAUCACAUUCCAAAGCGGUUUUAAAUAGAGCCAUUGAACAAGAUACGAAAUUCCUGGCUGACAAUUCUGUGAUGGAUUACUCACUACUAGUAGGUUUAGAGCCAAACUCCGACGAACUUGUCUUAGGUAUAAUAGAUUAUAUACGAACAUUUACUUGGGACAAGAAGUUAGAAACAAUGGUGAAGAAAUCGGGUAUACUAGGUGGCCAGGGAAAACUGCCAACGAUAAUAUCACCAGAAGAAUAUCGAGCUCGUUUCAUAGCCGCUAUGCACCGAUAUUUCUUACCUGUACCGGACAGGUGGUACGGUCUAGGCAGAGGUGUAGAAACAUGAUAAAUACAUAACUUCCAAAUAAUGAGAUUUCCGAUUUUUCACAAAUUGUAUACUAAGCAUACUGUAUAUAUAUUUUCUAUACGGCUGACAUAAAUAAGCAGCGUUGCGUAUAGAGAUAUGCAAUUGUAUAUUGAUAAUAUACAAGAAUUAUUACUAGUCGGCAUUGCGAUAUUUUAUAAUGGAAAAGUGAUAAAAAUAAGUUACCAUUGUUAUAAUAGGAAGUCUUGUAUAAUUUCGUAAUUUAUGUAGCGAUCUAACAUUCGAGCUAUGGCGUUUCGCAUUUGCAUUUAUAUUGGUACAUUGGUCAUUGUAUUACAUGUACAUAAUACGUUAACACUAAAAUUCGUAAGCGAUAUUCAAAGCACAAAGGGCGUGAAUGAGAAUUACAUGAAAUUACAUAAAAGUCUAUGAAAGCACCAUUAUUAAUGUUUUAUUUAAAUCGUUUCUCAAAAUUAUGUACAUGAACAUUAUUUAUUAUUAUUGAUAAUCAAAUAAACAAUAAUAAUAAUAA